GUUGCUUUCUGUACAGCUCAGUUCGUCUCAGAUUUUUCUAAAUUAAACAUCGGCUCCAUGAGCUGAAUUGUUUUUUCGGUUAAAUAUUUUAGUUAGGAAUUUUCAAAAAAAAGGUAUUUGUUCGGUUUCGGAGUUUUUUCUUUUCGUUGUUGUUUAAAUAUAUUAGUAAUUAUUCGGUACGAAUCUGAGAAGCACCCUAAAAAUGUCAAUGUUGCGCAGUGUACUAAUGGGGGGAGCACGGGCCUGCCUUCUUCCAAGUGCCGCAACGAAGAUGGUGUCGGUGCGUGGAUACGGCAAGACUCCGGACCAUAAUCCAUCGCCGAAGUGCAGUGAUGCCAAGGAAGGGGGCUGCGGCAAGUUCCAUGGCUGCGGAGAUCCACGCUACGAGUCAAAGAACCGCAAGGUGGUGGAUAACGAUCCGUUUCAAUUUCAUCAUCUGGUCGCUUUGCCGGACGAGUGCUGCGAUGACCCCUGCUUCGAUCGUUUCCCUCCAUUUGACCAAUGCUAUUACAAGAUAUCUGACAAGGCCAAGCGCCAUUACCAGGUGACCUGGGUGGAGUGUCCGCCCAUCCAGAUCAAGCCCAAGAAGAUAUGCUGCUUCGAGAAGGGCAUUCGUCCGCCAAUCCCGCGCCGCAAGCGCAAAGCGUUCAAGCCGGAUGAAUGCCGCGUGGAGCCUGAGUGUACAGUUGCCGAUGGUCCCUGUCCCAAGAUUAAGCUUCCCGGCUGCAAGCCCGUUCGGAGUUCCGUAUUUUGCACCCUCACCCGAAGAGUCACGCCGUGCACAAAGGUCAAGGCCCCAUACCCCGCCUUCUCUGAGUGCCGACGUUCUAAGAUCCGCCCUCCUCGUCGUAUUGAGUGCAACUGCUUGGCCAUUCCGUCACAAUGCGAGCUGGUCCGUGAACUUAAGUCUCGGGAGGGCCGUCCUCGGAAGGGCAACUGUGGUGGUAGCGGUCUCUAAGCGGUCUUGAUUGUCCUUCGCCGAGUGUCGAUGGAGUAUGUACUGAGUUAGCGAACACAACUAUGAAUUCCGGAACUGAUCCAACAACUGUCACCUCAAUAGAACCACCGGAAAUAUUCCAACUAAAAAAUAAACCGAUCUUUUCGACCAA